GUUUCUAGAGAAGCCAAUCAGUGUCGUCCCGGUCCUGGUUCUAAAGUCCUCAGUCAACCACCGGGACUCCGAUUCUCCCCAGAAGCCAAAGAUGCAGUCAUGGUGCCCCGAACCCUCCUUCUGCUGCUCUCGGGAGCCCUGGCCCUGACCGAGACCUGGGUGGGCUCCCACUCCUUGAGGUAUUUCAGCACCGCUGUCUCCCGGCCCGGCCGCGGGGAGCCCUGGUACCUCGAAGUCGGCUACGUGGACGACACGCAGUUCGUGCGGUUCGACAGCGACGCCGCGAGUCCGAGGAUGGAGCCGCGGGCGCCGUGGAUGGAGCAGGAAGGGCCGGAGUAUUGGGACCGGAACACACGGAACGCCAAGGUCAACGCAGAGACUUUCCGAGGGGACUUGAGGAACCUGCUCCGCUACUACAACCAGAGCGAGGCAGGGUCUCACACCUUCCAGUGGAUGUACGGCUGCGACCUGGGACCCGACGGGCGCCUCCUCCGCGGGUACCGGCAGUUCGCCUACGACGGCAGGGAUUACAUCGCCCUGAACGAGGACCUGCACUCUUGGACCGCCUCAGACACGACGGCUCAGAUAACGCAGCGCAAGUGGGAGGCGGCCCGUGCGGCGGCGAAGCUGAGAGCCUACCUGGAGGGCGAGUGCCUGGAGUGGCUCCGUAGAUACCUGGAGAACGGGAAGGAGACGCUGCAGCGCGCGGAUCCCCCAAAGACACACGUGGCCCACCACCCCGUCUCUGACCAUGAGGCCACUCUGAGGUGCUGGGCCCUGGGCUUCUACCCUGCGGAGAUCACACUGACCUGGCAGCGGGAUGGGGAGGACCAAACUCAGGACACUGAGCUUGUGGAGACUAGGCCAGCAGGGGAUGGAACCUUCCAGAAGUGGGCAGCUGUGGUGGUGCCUUCUGGAGAAGAGCAGAGAUACACGUGCCAUGUGCAGCACAAGGGGCUGCUGGAGCCCCUCACCCUGAGAUGGGAGCCGUCUUCCCAAUCCACCAUCCCCAUUGUGGGCAUCGUUGCUGGCCUGGCUGUCCUAGGAGCUGUGGUCGCUGCUGUGAUGUGGAAGAGGAAGAGCUUAGGGGAAAAAGAGGGAGCUACUCUCAGGCUGCAUGUAGCAACAGUGCCCAGAGCUCUUGUGUGUCUCUCAUGGAUUCUAAAGGCUGAGAAAGCUGCCUUACAUGGGACUGAGAUGCAGGAUUUCUUCACAUCUCCCCUUUGUUACUUCAAGAGCCUCUGGCAUCUCUUUCUGCGAAGGCAUCUGAAUGUGCCUGCCUCCCUGUCAGCAUAAUGUGAGGAGGUGGAGAGACUGCCCACCCCCGUGUCCACUGUGACCCCUGUCCCCACGCUGACCUGUGUUUCCUCCCCAGUCAUCCUUCCUGUUCCUGAGAGUUGGGGCUGGAUGUCUCCAUCUCUGUCUCAACUUCAUGGUGCGCUGAGCUGCAACCUCUUACUUCCCUACUGAAAAUGAGAAUCUGAAUAGAAAUUUGUUUUCUCAAAUAUUUUCCAUGAGAGGUUGAUGGGUUAAUUAAAUAAGUCAAUUCCUAGAAUUUGAGAGAGGAAAUAAAGACCUGAGAAUCUUCCAGAAUCC